AUGACAGAGACGAGUGCAGAAUAUUGGCAGAUGUUACAUAACAAUGAUGAGGGAAAUUCCACAGUGUACAAGAUGGCCCUGUGGAAUUUAAAUGUGCUUGGAAGCAUGAGGGACCAGGCCAUCACCUUGCUGGUGGCAGUGUUAAGGCACAUUAGGGUGCUAAUCAACACAGCACCACAGCCCAAAGAGAGCUUAGAGGCAAUAUAUGAGUGGGUGGAGGACUGGGACCAGACCUGGGCUGGGAUCUACUUGUGGUGGAAGUAUGUUGAUAAGAACAAGAUUUCUAUCCCGAAGGUGCAUGAUGCCAACCUACAUGACAUGACCAAGGAAUCUGCAAUAUGGCAGAACAAGGUGAUCCCUGGGGCAAUAGCAAUAGCAGAUCUCCAGUGGCCAGAAGGGCAGCAUAGGUUCAACAUUGAUGACCUUUUUGAGGACUACCAGGAGUCAGUAGAGGAGAGAGCACAGAUGGAGGCUGAGAGGUUGGCCAAGGCACCAUCCAUGCACACCUGGGGCCAAGCAGCAAGAGGUGAGGGCCGAGACUGCACACCAGAAGACACCAAAGGAAACCCAUCAAGAGGAGCUGCAUGCUUGACAGGGGAGGGCUCUGGUAGUGUGAGCAAGGGAAAAUGGAAGCAGAAGGCCACCAGUGAGGAGGAUGAGCUGGCUGAUGAUGAUGAGGGCAAUGGUGAACCAGGUCCAUCCACAAAGGGACCUCAUGCAGCUGGGGACAACAAGCCCUGCAAGACAUGUGCCCAGGAAAACCUUGCAUGCAUUGGGGAGCCAGAGGCAUCCUGCAAAUGGUGCAGGAAGGCAAAACACAAGUGCUUGCACUCUCAAGGUGUAGGGAGAAAGCAAAAGAACUCUGGUACCAUUGGGGAGGCAGGGCUGUCCCACAAACAAGUCAAAUUGUUUAUGACCUCAAAGCCAGCCCCAGCAGAAUCUGCAACUGAACCUGUCAAGAAGCUUACUCUGAAAAUUCUGGCUUGA